AUGGUCGACGUUGCGGUGAAGCUCGACGGAAAGCUGUCGUCUCGCGAUCGGUUCUCGGGGAGCGCAAGUUUGGACGAGCGCAUCGUCUUGUGUCUCUUUGCGCUGCCGCUUCCUGUGUCCGCCACGCUUGCGCCAUCGAUCCUGUCGCCGGCGACAAUUGUCCGCGACGAUGCAGCCACCGUAAAGCGUCCGAAUCACGAUCCCGGAUCCCCACGACUCUGGAGGCACCCACCACCGCACUACCUCACAGCCCUCGACCCUGAUCGGUCGACCUCGACAAGUUGUCCGUGCAGCAUCGACCACCCGCCCCGCUCGCUGGCCGCUCGCCGCUUUGGGCAGACGCCGCCGUCUCCCUGUCGUCCUGUCGUCCUGUCGUCCUGUCGUCCUCUUACCGGCUUCGUCUUCUCGCUCGGCCUGUUCUUGUCCCCGACACUGUCGUCCGCCAUGUCCUUCUUCUUCGGUCGCGGCCGCAGCCGGACCAAUGCGGCCGAGCUGGCCAGACAGACGUACGACCUCCUUGUCCGCUUGGAUCUGCCGCGGAAUCCGAGUCCAAAGCUCGACGACUCCCUCCCGAAAUGUCUCGCCCAGAUGAAAGCCAUCCUCCAGGGAUCACCCGAAGUCGACAGCAGCCCCGAACAGGUUUACCAGCUCGUGCAGGGCAUCAUCGACGAGCAGGUGCUGCUGCUGCUGCCCCAGGCCCUGCGUCUGCUGCCCUUUGAGUCGCGCAAAGACGCCCAGGUGGUCUUCUCGUCCGUCUUCCGCUAUCGACCUCCUGGCACUCCCCCUACCGAUCCACCGCUCGCCGUCAGCUUCGUCACUCAUCGCGCUCCCUCCGUCCUCGUCGCCCUCUGCCACGGCUACGACCACAAGGAGAGUGCCACCACGGCCGGCUCCAUCCUGCGUGAAGUUCUCAAGCACGAGGCUGCUGCUGCCGUCGUGCUGUAUGACGAUGUCGAGGCUAUCAGCGCUGACGAGGCUGCUGCCACACCGGAACAACAGCAACAGCAACAACAGCUGCAGGACGGCAGUGGAAUGCCUCUGCCUGCACCGCCUCCACAACAGCCGCGGCCGGCUGUCGGGUCCAGUGCCGGCGGCGUCUCGCAGAUCGCCAUGCUGCGACUGCAGAGCGGCCGAGGUGUCUUUUGGCAGUUCUUCCGCUGGAUCGACACCAGCUCGUUCGAGGUCGCUGCUGAUGCCUUCACGACGUUCCGAGAACUCCUCACUAGGCAUAAGGAGCUCGUGCCGCAGUAUCUCAGCGUCAACUUUGACCUCUUCUUCGGACGCUACAACACGACGCUCGUGCUGUCGCAGAGCUACGUCACCAAGCGCCAGUCUAUCAAGCUGCUCGGCGAGAUCCUGCUCGACCGCUCCAACUACAGCGUCAUGACACGCUACGUCGACAGCGGCGAGCACCUCAAGAUCUGCAUGAACCUGCUGCGCGACGAUCGCAAGAUGGUCCAGUACGAGGGCUUUCACGUCUUCAAGAUCUUUGUGGCCAACCCCAACAAGAGCAUCGCCGUCCAGAAGAUCCUCAUCAUGAACCGUGACAAGCUGCUCAACUUCCUGUCCCACUUUCUCGAGGAGCGCACUGAGGACGAGCAGUUUCUCGACGAGCGCGAAUUCCUCAUCAAGCAGAUUCGCAACAUGCCGCCCAAGCCCCGACGAUGCCGCCGCAGCGCUGAGCGGGGCUGUCUUUCCUCCAUCGCUUUGUGUACUCUUUCUGUUGCUCUCUUUUCGUGUCUCUCUAUCUCUUUGUUUCCUUGA